AUGUCAGACUCCGUCUCCAAACCCUCAAUCACUUCCCUCAUACACGACUACUACGCCCAAAAGCCCAAUUUCACACAGCACAUCGGCAAACCCUCCACCGACGCCGACGCGCCUUCCGAAGACCUUGAAGCCCUGCACCUCCGCAGCAAUCCAAAAGACUUCCCCAGCCCCGAAGAGAUUCGACGGGCGUUUCUACGCAAAGGCGGAUAUCUGAGGAAGAAACCAGCAAAUAUGCCUGUCCAUCCGGCUGAGGAGCAUGCCUCUGGCAACAUCACCGACCAGGUAGCCAAGGACUCAAAAGACUCUACCGCAUCUUCACACCCGCUCCACCAGGAGGACACUGGAGCUUCGUCGGGCGGCUCCAUCGGCGCCAUGGCACAUAAAGCGAACCCGGGACCCGUCAUGCCGGAGAACAUGCCGGAGAAGGCGAGCAAAGAGGAGUUGAAGAAGCGUGCUGAGGAGCUGAAUAAAUAGGUUCAUCGUAGGGGAGGGGUGGGGGAUGCAGGAGGAAGGCUGUGAGGAGCACUCUUUUCAUGAGACGGCAUGUAUGGGCAGGCUAUGGGUGGCUAUCUGGUAAUGAUACGGGAAAAGGACUCUAUAAGUAUGUAACAGUAUGGGGAAUGAACACAUGUGGAUACCAUGUCCAUUGUCUAGGAUCGCUCUUCACGUUCCAACAGUCGCAGAAUAUUCAUUUGAAGGCAAUCCAGAAUAUCGUAAUCUUGGCAUUCAG